AGAGGCAGAAGCGGCAAAUCGCUUCUACCGAGUUCCCCAACAGCAGCUUAGCUUAGUAGCUUAACUCUUUCUACUGGCGUGGCGCUGCUGGAUGCUUCUGAUCAAUAGGAAGAGGAGGAAAAAAAUAAAAAAGCUUAUGAUGAGCAUCUAUUUGAGUCGAUCAUUUCCAAGAUCUAAUUCAAGUUUUUUUUUUAUGUAGUGGAAACGCCUCACAAUCUUCAGUUUUACGCUUAAGGGAAGAAAUGUUCUUGGUGGAUGCAAGACCUAGGACCCCCAGAAUUUGUAUGCAAGAUGAGCCUACAGGAGUGCCAAUCAACCGAGCCACCAGGUUUGAGAAUAAGGUGGGAUCCCUGGAUCUAGUGGCCGGUGAAUCACUGAUCAAAGAGCAGAUUUUUGAGAGAUUCUUCAUCGAUCUAGUGGCCGGUGAAUCACUGAUCAAAGAGCGAGCAGCCGCCAGGUUUAAUGAUUUGGUGGGAUCCACAGAUGUAGUGGCUGGUGAACCGCUUCUUCUUCUUCCACGAAGAUUAAGACAAAACCGAGCUUGGAUGGAAUUGAACAAGAUUUGGCGAACGAAUACAAAGGUCAAAGGCUUUAUUAUUGAGAAAGUAAAAGGAGGUUAUUCAGUAGCCAUCGCAGGUUUUAUUACUUUUCUUCCAUUCCAUCCUCGCACAAGGAAAAGGAUCUCGAAUGAUCGAUUCACCAUUGAGAGCAUUAACCCCAAAAGGACGAAUAUUGUGGUGUUCUAACAGCGGCAGAUCAAACAAGAACUUGAUGAGCGAAAUCCGCUGACGACAAAAAAAAGAGCCAUUUUUCAAUUCCGAAGCCUAGCGUCUCCUGAUAACACUCUAUCACCUUAAUCCAUUCUUUUGUUGAGGGUCUUGAACUUAUUCCGGCCCUCUAUUUACAUAGCGAAGAAAGGCAAAGGCUCUUGCUCGAAUGCGUGACUGCGGCGCGCCUAUCGCCCCGGCACGGCACUCUAAAAUGCAUGUUGGGUUGAGCAAGAAUACUGCGACUAGGGAGACGAAGAAUGGAAUUGAAGGCAUAGUCUCAAUAAAAAGAAUUGAACACCAACCAACGAGUGGCGGAUUUUGAUGGAGUCUCGCAGAAGAAGAGCCUUACUCUAUAGGGGCGCUAGCGCGCU